AUGGCCUCAGCCUUGACCUGCUUCGGGGGUCCGGAGGUGGUCGAGGACGCGGAUCACGCGCGAGCACUUCUGAAGCAAAUGAAACUUUUGUACGACUGUCAUCUGCUGGGCGAUGUGACUAUUGAAGUUGAGAGUGAAGGGGAGUUACAGGAGCAUGGCAGCGACACUGCCUCGGUAGAAACGGAGGUCCUACGAGCCAUAGAGAAAGGGAUGCAGGGCUACCUCUCCCAAGAGUGCCCGCGCAUUCCCCAACCUGCAAAGCAGGAAAGAAUUCAGAACAAACCUGGGCAGGCAGCCUCUCCCAAGAGCACCUGA